ACGCAUCCAGGACACUGGAAUUUACAAGGCAGUCUGCUAAUGUGUGGAGGCUAGCCUUUUUAUCUUGGCCUCCGACCAUUUCAUGGCGUGGCGUGGCGAGAAAUCAUCGGCGAUGAAGUGUACAUGUCGGAGGGCGGACCUCGGGCAUCCGACCGGAGCCUCCGACUCUGUGAACCGUUAUCGGGCGAAAGGAUAGCUUAUAUAGUCGCUAUGGAAGGAUCACCUGAAGCUUGGCGGCCCAAAACAGCUCACCCCACCAACUCAUACCAAUCCUCGCUGAGAGACACCCUGCAUCAUGCCCUCUACUGAAGUUGUUCGCGUCGAUACGACCUCCGCUAGCAAGGACGUUAAGCUCGACUACAACGAUCCAGCGUACAAGAGCGCGUUGGCAUCUUGUCGACCCAAUCUCGUCAAGCAGCGGUUGGCAAACCGACAACUUGCCCACUCGCUCUCCAUCAAGCUGAUUCCUGAUCCUGAGAUGGCGGUGAUGGCCGCUGACGCCGGCUAUCACUCGCUGUUGAUCGACCUGGAACACAGCAGUAUCAACUUGAGUACGGCAAGCGCAAUUUCUUGCGCCUGUCUGCAAGCUGGUAUCACUCCCAUCGUGCGUGUUCCCGCCAACACGUCGGACUGGAUCUCGCGAGUGUUGGACGGUGGCGCGACUGGUGUGAUCGUGCCCCACGUCAACUCCGCGGCCGAAGCGGCGCAUGUUGUCAAGUAUGCCAAGUUUUUCCCUCUCGGCGAGAGGAGUGCCACGGCCGGUCUUCCUCUCUUUCGAUACCGGUCGCCAGCUCUGAAAUACGCCAACGCGUGCGCCAAUGAAGCGACUCUUGUCGUGGUCAUGAUCGAAACCCAACAAGCGCUGGAUGUAGCCAAUGAAAUCGCCGCGGUCGAAGGUGUCGACGUGAUCCUCAUCGGCACGCAAGAUCUGUCCACCGAUAUGGGAAUCGCUGGAGAGUUUGACCACCCUCGUAUUGCGACAGCAUACCAAACGGUAGCCAAAGCCAUUCACGAGGCGUCUCUUAAGUCUGGAACGGUUAAAUCUGUCGGAGUCGGCGGACUGAACGGUCGCCCUGAUCUCAUCCAGAAGUUUGUCUGUGAUGACGAAUAUGGUGUCACGCGCUACGCCAUGUCCGCGACCGAUUCGGUAUUGGUCAUGAAGUCCAUGAAGGAGAAAGCCGAAGUUCUGGAGAAGAUUGAGCAGACCAUCUGAUGGUUGGACUGUAGGAAAUGCCUUGUGUAACCAGUUGCUAUUACUAUGCUCGUGUCUUGGAUCAAUAUCCUAUCAUUGGAAUACUAUAUUCUGCAGCUACCUGCUCGAAUGACAGUCAGAACAAAAUGGGC